UGUCAUCUAGUAGGCGUGUUGUGUAGUACGGUGUGUCCGCUGUAGACCUACUUGGAGAGUGAGGACAGAGCAAUGCAAAUAACGGUUUGAGAUGUAGGCUACCUACUGUCUACGGUAUAUCGCUACGCUACAACGUGGACAAUGACUUACUGAAUUGUUUAAACCUUAGUUUAGAGUAUAUUUCUUCCACUGGGUGUACUGGGGUGUCGCGAAUAAUAACACUGGAAGUACUUUUUUUUUAAAAGUAGGUGGUAGUCUUGUCAAGUACAAAGUAUCGUUUCCAUCGGGAUUUUUUAAGAAGAACUUGUCCAGGAGUGGUCUUUGGUCACGCCACGGAUUCAGGGCAUAACGUUACAUCUAUGAUCCAGGAAUUGCCAAGUGGACGGCGCUAGCUGGCUAACUUUGUUAUCUAGCUCAUACUUUUUGAGUUAAUUUGUUGCUGUGAUAAACUGUUUUUAGAACAGCACUUGUUUUCAGACUUUUCGGCUAGCUACCUUUUAGCUAGCUGUACAUAGCUCCAAAAAUGGGAUUACACCCUUUGGAGUUCAGCGAGUGUUACCUGGACAGUCCCACUUUUCGCGAUAAAGUGAAGUCUCAUGAAGCGGAAUUAGAUAAAACCAACAGAUUCAUAAAAGAACUAUACAAAGAUGGAAAAAACCUCAUGAAUGCCACAAAACAGUUGAGCAUGGCCCAGCGCAAGUUUGCUCAAUGUCUAGGAGAGUUUAAAUUUGAGUACAUUGGUGAUGCGAAGACAGAUGAUGAAAAGUGCAUUGAUGAGUCUUUGCAGGAAUUCUCCGCCUUCCUGAGGAACCUUGAGGACCAGAGAGAGCUGAUGAUGCAAAACAUCACAGAGACGCUAAUGAAGCCGCUGGAGAAGUUCCGAAAAGAGCAGCUUGGUGCAGCAAAGGCAGAAAGAAAAAGGUAUGAGAAGGAGACAGAAAAAUACUACAGCUCUCUGGAGAAGCUUUUGAAUAUGUCAGCAAAGAAAAAGGAGCCACAGUUACAAGAGGCUGACGUCCAGGUCGACUCCAACCGGGACCACUUUCAGGAUCUGUCCCUGGAGUACGUGUGCAAGCUGCAGGAGAUUCAGGAGAGGAAGAAGUUUGAAUGUGUAGAGCCGAUGCUGGCUUUUUUUCAGACGGUCUUCACAUUCUAUCACCAGGGUUAUGAGCUGGCCAAUGACUUUGACCAUUACAAAAGAGCACUACAGAUCAAUAUACAGAAUACGAGGAGUCGUUUUGAGGCCACCCGCUCAGAAGUGUAUGAGCUGAUGAAGAGGACGAAGGACACCCCUCAGGAGCACAGGCAGACCAGCCCCAUCAGUAGUGAGGGUUACCUCUACGUGCAGGAGAAACGUCCUCCACCUUUUGGCUCCAGCUGGGUGAAGCGCUAUUGCACGUUUGUCAAGGAGCAGAAGAUUCUACACAUGGUCACCUUUGACCACAAAUCUGGAGGCAAGACAGGUGAAACGGAAUCAGUGAUGCUCAAAUCGUGCCUUCGCAAACUGACAGACACACUGGACCGCCGCUUCUGCUUAGAUCUAGAAAUCACAGAUCGGCCGGGGAUAGUUUUAACAGUCCAGGCCCUAUCAGAAGAUGACCAUAAGUUCUGGAUACAUGCGAUGGGUGGGAAAGAACCUAUUCAUUAUUUGAGAACAUACUCAAAAGAAAGAGGAAUUGAUGCCCAGCUUGAUGACAUUGGUCUCUCCUUUGUAAAGAACUCCAUUAACGCCAUUGAGAAGAGAGGCAUCAAUGACCAGGGCCUGUAUAGAGUGGUGGGGGUCAGUUCUAAAGUCCAGAAGCUGCUCUGCCUAAUGAUUGAUGAGAAAAGUAAUGACUUGGACCUGUCUGUAUGUGAAGACUGGGAUGUGAAGACUAUCACUAGCGCUCUAAAACUCUACCUCAGGAGUUUGCCUGAACCUCUGAUGACCUAUGGGUUAUAUAAAGAGUUCAUCAUACCUGCCAAAUCUGGCAGCCCAGAGCCCCGUCUGCAGGCCAUCCACUGCCUGGUGCACAAACUGCCCGAGAGGAACAGGCUGGUGCUGGGACUGCUCAUGAAGCACCUCGCAACUGUGGCGGCCCACAGUAAGCAGAAUCUGAUGACCGUGGCGAAUCUGGGCGUGGUGUUUGGCCCCACACUCAUGCGCCCGGAGGAGGAGACUGUGGCUGCCAUCAUGGAUCUCAAGUUUCAGAACAUAGUUGUGGAGAUCCUCAUUGAGCAGCAUGAAAAGAUUUUCGGUGAUAUCCCCAGCGAGUGCCCCUCUGCGACGGCCUUCUCAGCCCCCACACGCCAGUCCAAGAAGCUGGGUCGCCAGAACAGACCCCUGGCUGUGUACAACCCUCAGGCGCUGGACAUCCAGACAGUGUCUGUGGGGAGUGAAAGCGCCCCGCCGCCCGCUCCCGAUGAGGCCUCCCUAGGCAGCAACGACUCGGUCUCCUCCUCACACUCCUCCGGGACCCCCCCACAGAAGGCCAAAAACCCCCACGACACGAGCCACGCCACGCCCAGCCCCGACAGCCCCGGGAUGUGCUCUGCCAUGGCCUUGUGGACCAUCUCUGCUACCUCAGGAACGCCUCUGGUCUCCCCCAGCAGAGCCCCGAGAGGAGUCACGGACGGCGAGCAGGCGGAGGAGAGUGUCAGCCAGCAGAAGGCCAAGGCCGUCUACCCCUGUGAGGCGGAGCAUGACUCGGAGCUCUCCUUCCAGGCCGGCGCAAUCUUCCAAAAUGUGAGUGUGUCGCGGGAGCCCGGCUGGCUGGAGGGAGUGCUGGAGGGGAAGAAGGGCCUAAUCCCUGAAAAUUAUGUGGAGAUGCUGUAACACACACACACAUACACACACACACUCAGACACACACACACUCAGACACACACACACUCAGACACACACAC